UUCCGGGCUGCGUCUCUAACACCGCCAUCGAAGGGAGGGAGAGGGAGGGCCUUCCUGCUCUCUCUGUUAACUAGAGUGUGCGCUCCGGUCUUACUCCGAUCGACUACACGAGAAAAGCCAUGGGACUUCGUCCAGAUCUGCUGCUAUUCUCUAUCGCGCUGCUCGCAGCACCAGUUCUCUCCGAUCUACUCCUUUCGAAGGUUGAUCGACGCAUUGAUUUGACCUCACAAAUUGUUCGUAUCAGUUCAACCCUUAGGGUGGAGAAUGCAGGAACAACGACAGCCUCAGAGGUUAGGUUGACAUUUCCUGACCACCAGGCCAAAAUGCUAGCGUAUUUGGCUGUAACACUUAAUGAAGGCAAAGGGAAAGCAAAAGGUCCUAUUGUCAGUCUUCCUGUUGAAGUUGUUCGCCCUGAAGGAAUGCCUCGGGACUUGACUGUAUAUUCAGUGUCUCUGCCUAAGGGUCUGGGCAAAGGGGAAAGCAUGACUUUGGAUGUCUUGGCAGUGUUUACCCACUCACUGCAACCAUUUCCUGAGAAAAUUACUCAGGCUGAUAUCCAGUUUGUUGUGUUUCAGGAAAGUGCAUACUUUCUAUCUCCUUAUCCUGUCAAGGUUCAGUCUCUCAGUGUUAAACUGCCUGAUACCAGAAUUGAAUCUUAUACAAAGCUAGAGAAUACCAAGACUCAUGGUUCUGAGAUCAAAUAUGGCCCAUAUGAAAAUCUUCCGCCCUUCUCUUACACACCAAUAAUCAUUCAUUUUGAAAACAAUCAGCCCUUUGCAGUUGCUGAGGAGUUGGUAAGGGAGAUAGAAAUUUCUCACUGGGGCAACGUGCAGAUCACAGAGCAUUACAACCUCAUCCAUGGAGGUGCUCGAAGCAAGGGGGAAUUUUCCAGACUCGACUAUCAAGCACGGCCACAUUUAAGAGGUGCAUCAGCAUUUAGAACUCUUGUUGCGAAAUUGCCACCAAGGGCGCAUUCUGUUUAUUAUAGGGAUGAAAUUGGCAACAUAUCAACAUCUCACUUAUGGGGUGAUUCUAAAAAGACAGAAUUGGAAAUCGAACCUAGAUAUCCAAUGUUUGGUGGUUGGCGAACUUCAUUUACCAUUGGAUAUGGCUUGCCUCUUCAAGACUUUUUAUUUGAGUCACUGGGAAAACGUUUUCUGAACAUUUCUUUUGGUUGCCCCAUAAAUGAGGUUGUAAUUGACAAUCUCAUUGUGAAGGUUGUUCUGCCUGAAGGUUCAAGUGAUAUUUCUGUUUCUGUUCCAUUUCCUGUAAAACAAUCGGAAGAGAUAAAAUUUUCGCACUUGGAUAUCAUUGGUAGACCUGUGAUUGUGCUACAAAAAACCAAUGUUGUCAAGGAGCAUAAUCAGCAUUUUCAGGUCUAUUACAAGUUCAACAAGCUUUCCUUGUUAAGGGAGCCUUUCAUGUUGAUUUCUGGAUUUUUCUUCCUUUUUAUUGCGUGCAUCGUGUAUACACAUGUUGAUAUAUCAAUCUCACGCUCUGUCUAUUUGGCCACCACUGCAAUGGAAGAGGUAAGUAGAUGUACAUGCCAUCAGGCAAAUCCGCAGGGUCAAAGUCCUACUCCGCGGUGUUUGAGGAUCCACGACAGGCUAGAAGCAUCAUUACGUGAUCUUUCUAGGACAGGCGAUGUUCAAGCCUGUAAAACUGCCCGCAAAGCUGCUGAUAGUCAGUUGAAAGAGCUUUCAAAGGAGUUGAAGCCCUUGCUGGCAUCCUUGCAUUCUUCUCCACAAGCUUCCCAGAUAUUGCCCAAGGUGGAGGAGCUGGUCGCCAAAGAAAGAGAAUUGCAAGAAAAGGUAAUGUCUAAGCACUUGACUGUAGUGGAUGGUUACGAGAAGAAGUUUGGGGGGCGGGAUCUUGAGAAUAGGGUUGCUUCGCUGCAGCAGAAGCUGAUGGCUUUGAGACAGGAGGUUGAUGAUCUUCUUGAGUUCAUUGAUGAGAUCUAAAUCAGCUCACGGCCUUGAGACAGGAGGUUGAUGAUCUUCUCGAGUUCAUUGAUGAGAUCUAAAUCUAACAUAUGGAUAAAAUUGAGUCACCGCACUCUAGUAGUCUCGCAUGACUUCUUUUGUUUAAUGGUUUGGUUUGCGGUCAGAAUUUUGUUGUGAUGAGCUUACUCCCAAGUUUUUCUUUUUGUUUUCUUUUAAGUUAGGUUUAUGUAACUGACAUACAGUUGAUUUGGCUAAAGGGUGCUUUGAAUCCCCGCCACCCGCUUCUAUAAUUUGUUAUCCCUUAUCAUUGACAUCUCAAGACAAAAUAUUUCACGAUCCAUCCCGGAGUUGGAUAGAGAUUAAUUGUACUCUUUCGGACAA